AUGGAUGAGGGCGUGUGGUGCACUGUAGUAAGAUAUCGCUGAUCUACUACGGCAUAGUAAAGUGGGCGUGGCUUGGUUCGCAGCGUCACUUCAUUCAUCGCGCGGAACGCCUCCUCGCGCUCCCUCCCGUCCUGACGCGGCUGCGCGUGUUUACGUGAGGCGACGGCACCCGUUUCCUGGCGGAGAAGAUGGCGGCUCCUGGUCCAGGGGAGUAUUUCAGCGUCGGGAGCCAUGUCUCCUGCAUUACCUGCCUGGGGCAGCGCCUGCAAGGAGAGGUCGUCGCUUUUGACUACCCUUCCAAGAUGCUGACUUUGAAAUGUGCCCCGUCCAGCGGUAAACCCAAUCUCAGCGAUGUGGUGCUUGUUAACCUGGCCUAUGUGUCGGAUGUGGACGUCAUCAGUGACCGCACUGAAACUCCUCCCUCUUUAGCAUCUCUCAAUUUUAACAAGCUUGUAAAUCGAGCACGGGCGGAAAAGGAAGACAAGUUGUCGCAAGCUUAUGCAGUUAGUGCUGGUGUAUCUGUAGAGGGCCAACAGCUGUUCCAGACCAUUCAUAAAACCAUCAAAGACUGCAGAUGGCAGGAGAAAAACAUCAUAGUGAUGGAUGAUGUGGUCAUCAGUCCGCCAUACCAAGUGGACAACUGUAAAGGCAAAGAUGGCAGCGCUUUGAGCCACGUGCGGAAAAUCGUGGAGAAACAUUUUCGAGAUAUGGAGAGCCAAAAAUCAGUGCAGCAUUCACAGCAAGCUCAACAAACACAGAAAGACUCUGCUUUAUCAUCAUGAGCCCAGGCUCAGAGAGGGAACAUUAUGCUGACAAAGGAAGUGUUGUGUGUUUUAAAUUAAUAAUAUUUUCUGAUGUUUUUUUUUUGUUUUUUUUAACAAAUCGCCAGACAAAGGUUGAGAUAGCUGAUACUCAGCGUUUUGAGCAGGGAUGACAGUCCUACACAUCUGAAGAGAAAAACUGCUUCCACUGACAAAAGUAGAGUGCUGUCUUAGAAUAUCAUCACUCACCCCCCAAUCCCACCCUGUUAGAUCUCCUUGUUUUUACGCUCCUGUCAUCAAAUAACCCACUUGUUCAUUUCAUCUUGCUUGGAUAGCCAACAAAGAAAUCACAUUUUCUCUUCUAAUCCAUAAUCUUCCUUUCUACCACUAUAAAAUGUGGCACUAAGUGUGUGAGGGUAGAACAAAAACUAUUUUCCUAAGUUAUAAAGCCUUUCAGACUAGAUAAAUACAGUUUGAGUUCCUUAGGGUUUAUUUUUAGUUUUAGAUUGACUGAGAGCUGAAGGUGGAGUAAGGGGAAAUUGAACUGCACUUAGCAUCUACCCAACAUCUCAUUUUCCCAAACAUUUUUUAAUAUAAAACUCCCUUGUUUUACUUUUAAAUGUCACUUUUUAAGUGACAGACGAAGGAGUAACACUCAAGUACUGUAAGCAUCCUUUCAGUUUACGUGUAAUAUAUUAUGUUGUAAUUUUCUUCCAUAUUUGGUCCUUGCCAUUUUGAAUACCUCUUCCAUAGUGGGACCAUUUUCUAUGAUGCAAUGUUUGUAUUAUUGUUAUUAUUUCCGAGCACAUCCAAACUGGAAGGGUACAUGCAGUGACCGAUGAGAGUUUCUUCGUUAUUGCAGCUUCGGUAUGUGUCGGCGUUAGACGACUCCUAUCGUGCUCAUCUCUCGCGACAGGACUGAUCUCUUUUCUGAAUGGGAAUAUUUGUAAUCACCUUUUUGGGAAAAGGAAAUGGUAAAGCGAUAUCUUGCCAUGUUAAGAGACUGGGACAGGGGGGACAGCCAGCACUGGCUCAAAGCCGAAGUCCUCCCGGUCCCAGCCUCGUGAACCUUGUAGCCUGAUGGAGGCUCUAGCAGUGGCGCCAAGCUGUGACGGGCAUAUCCGCGUUGCAUACCAGUUUAUAGCGCUGUGUGUUAACGGGGUUGCUGUUCGCCUAUAGGUUUCUUUCGCAGUAUUUUAUUUUUAAUUUUUAAAUGGUAAUGAAGAAAUAAAAAAAAGAAAAAUC